GUUAUCCACAGUGUGUGAGCGAGACAGGGAGCACAAAGGAAGCGCACACACUGCUCGUCCAGGAGGGGAUAUAAUAAGAUAGCAUGAUGUAAACAUGGAAUAAAAACCCGAAAGAGCAGCGUUUUCCAUUUCCCGUCGCACUGCUCUCCCCCCAUUAUCGGUGUUCAAUAUUAGAUGAGGUACUGGCUCACAACAACGGCGAGUCUGUCUGGACGCGGAGAGACAGGCAGCAAGUGAGAAAUUGAAGCCAAGAGUGGUGGAGGAGGAGAGGAAAGAGGAGUUGAGCAUUGUUUCAUCUUCAGCUUCAGGGUUUUCUUUCUUCUGGAGUUGCUCGCUGGUUUUUUGGACUGAGAUCAUGAUGUCGGGGUUUUAAAGCUGACCGAGCAGACAAGUGGACAUUAUUAUCUUUUUAAAAAAAUCGGUUUUCCUCUCUUUUUCUGGACUCGGGGACGACAAAGGGAAAAAACGAUAAUAUGUUGCAUUUCUGAGGUAGAGACGUUUCAAUGGCUGAGGCCCACUGAUUCAGUCAUCCCUUCCACCCCUCACCCCCGCCUUCCUAAACGUCGCUGCCCUUCACUUCAGUCACCAUGACUUCCACCAGCCAACUGCUGGGUUUGGCUGAGGCGGGGCUGAGGUGUGACCAGGAGAUUGAGAGGAGAUAUGAGAUUGUGCCCUCGGUGGUCUGCUCCAUGUGCUGCCUCUUUGGAAUUAUCUACUGCUUCUUUGGCUAUCGAUGCUUCAAGGCCGUAUUGUUCCUCACAGGCCUAAUGUUUGGCUCUGUGGUCAUCUUCAUGCUGUGCUACAAGGAGAGGGUGAUGGACACGCAGCUGAGCGUAGAGGCAUCAGUGGGCAUCGGCCUGGGCAUCGGGACCCUGUGUGGCCUGGUGACCAUGUUGGUUCGCAGUGUGGGACUGUUUAUGGUGGGCCUGCUGCUCGGCCUGCUGGUUGGAGUGGCUUCACUGGUGGUUAUGGAAGAGUUCUACCACCCCAAAACAGUGUGGGUUCCUCUGGGUAUUCUCCUGGGCUCUGGGACGUUAUUUGCCGUCCUCACUCUUCAAUGGCAACGCUGCUUUGUCACCUUGUCCACCGCCACAUUCGGCUCUGCCAUCAUCACCGUCACCGUGGAUUACUUUAUAGAGCUGUUCGCCUUGGUGCACUACGUCUAUGAGAGACUCAGGGUGGCACCAAAGAAGCCAGUGUGCUGGUUUACUUGGGUCAUCUUGGGGGUGUGGCCAGUCCUGGCCCUCCUCGGAGUGCUGAUCCAAUGGAAAGUCACUGCAGAGGGAUUUUCUCACACAGAGGUGGUUUUGAGUCGACAGCAACGGAGGGUCCAGCUCAUGCGGAUCCGGCAGCGGGAAGAGAGGCUGAAAAAGGAGAAGGAGAACAAGAAGAAGAAAAAACGACAAACCCAGAAGACCACUCACAAGCAGAAAGCUCACACCCAUCACCACCACCACCAGCAGUACCAUCACCCAGCGGCAUCCCACCCUCAUCACCAAGCCCAGAGCUCUCAGCCACCUAAAGUCCCUCCUCCUCAGACUGAACCCGGCUACCACCGCAAGGCCAACCCUAAAAGACGUUUUGAUGGAGAUGUGCUUUCACCGAGCUACAUCAGGAGCUUCAGGGACAGACAAACAGACAGACGAGCGUAUUCCCAUAGUCGAAUGAUGAGCCGCUCCCGGAUGGGGGAACUUGACUACGAUUGCGGCUCUCAAGUGCCCCUCACGGCCCCCAGCGGAGCCCCGGUUCGCAUCUGAGACAGCAAAAUGCACACACACACAUCCAACUACACACACAAUCACACAUGGCUACUUCAAACCUCUUUGUCACAGUUAGGGAUAGAAAACUUAACCUUACCGUGCCAACCUGAUCAACUGCCUAUUAACCCAACAGGAACUCAGUAUGUCCCAAAGGUGGUCUCACACUGUUUUUGUCCUCUCAGACCUGCUAGAGCUUGUAUUUAUUUGGCCAGUUUGGUCCUAUUCUGUUCUUUAUGAAUGUCAAGACACAAGAGCAGAGCCUCUUCUUUAGGAUAGAACGGGAUGUGGUCAAAUCUCAGACGUCAUGAAUCAUCACCUCCUCUGUUACUGGUCUGGAGCACACUGGAACCUGUCUGGUGGGGAGUACAUUUUAAUAUCACUGUUGAACAUUUAUUUAAAUAUUUUUUGGGCUGCUUCAAGCCAUAAGAAGUCAUUUCCAGUGGAACUGCAGUGGGGAAACAAUCAAAACAUUAUUUUUUCCACAGGAGGGCUGCACCACUUCUAAUAAAAAUGCAUCAUCAUGGAGUCAAGGUAGCACUACCUUGAAUAAACCCUCGACAGUAUCUGUACAUCGAGCGCAGUUAUAGGAAAAAACAAUUUGCUUGAUUCCAGUAAGAAAAUAACAAAAACGCAAGUAACUCUGAAACAGAAGGCAGCUCUUCUUCAUCCCUUUCUCCUUUGAAAGGUCAGUGUGUGAAGCGAGGUGUUCAUGAAGUCAAAAUGUUAUCUUCACUGACAGCCUGUGAAUCCAGACGUGGCAGCACAAGUCUUCUGCUGCAGAACAGGGACUGCUUUUAGGUGUGUAAUCCAUUGAACGGUUCACGCCGAAGACAAUUUUUAUGUAAUUUCCACCUAUGAACACUCCACGUGUCAUUGCCUACGUAGCUGUCAAGAGGAAUGUGCAUUGCAUCUCAUCACUUUCCUUUUGCCCUCGAUCGCCAACAGUUUCGCCAGCAGGAGACACAUCCAUACCUCCCCUCCUCUUUCCUCUUUCUACUGAAUUUAAAACAUUUUUAAGCUAGUGUAUGUAAUUCUGUUGAUUCUCAUGUCCUCUUUCCUCUUCUUAUCCUAAAAACAAUCUACCUUUUCAGAAUUUGUCAGCUGUCUAAAUAUGCUGCUAAGGCACAAAGACAUGAAACUGCUGUCUGAUAUCGGCUAUCCAGGAAUUUGUCUGAUGAAAUCUGUUUCAUAGUUUGGAGGGGACAAUACAUGACAGUGAAAAUGUUAAUUAUAGUGUGUUUGUGUGUGAGAGUGGACACAUGAGCCCAGUGGCAAGUGACGGAUUGUACCAAAUAUUGGCCAAGGAGAGGGGGAUUCAGUGUAGUGUAUGUCAUACGGUAUUUUUUCCCUCUUUUUUGCCAAUAUACUGGUCUGGUUAAAAAUGUGAAUAUUGUAGUCUUGAGUGUUAAAUGAUGAAAAGGAGGUUAAAAGUGAAGAUAAUCUCCUGUAAAUGAUGAGACAUAGUGGAAGGAUGAAUUUGCAAAUGGCGCCCUCUAAUGUUUACUACUGGACCUUUUUUUCUAGACUUACUGUUUAUGUGUGCAUAUGUUUGUGAGUACAUGCAUUUGUGUGUUAUUUGCUUUUAAAAUACAAAUGCGCUCUGAUUAUUGAUGUUGUUGUACUGAACAUCCAGAGAAGUGAAGAAGUUAGAUUUGUGUAGAAAGUAUUUUCAGUACAAAGGAACUAUUUUUGUUCUAUUUGAACCUCUUUGGAAUUGAGAUACUCUAGUCCCCCACAAGAAUCACCAACAUUACCAAUAUUACAGUUCCUGCUGAGACUAUUAAGAGUAUUGUGUUUUAUGUAACUUUUUGGGGAUUUUUACUUUUAUGAGGUUUAGAUAAACAAAAAGAUUCCAUUGUACUGAACUUAAAUAAAUAAAAUACCUGAUGAGAUGUGCUGGGUUUGGCACUGGAGUACCAAUCCUUUUCACCUUAACCCAUUACUGCAUGAGAAUCCUUGUGAAACUGUUUCCAGUGUGUUAGUGUUUCAUUGUGUCACUGUUGUCAAGUGAAAACUGCAGAUUUCCAGUUUUGUUUGUUGGUCCCAGGGUGCACAAAACACAGCCCACAUUAACUGAAUGAAGCAGAAAUUGUGGAACGACAUCAAUCUUAAGUGUGAUGUGUUUCAGUAUCAACAGUAUGCAUAAAAGGAACAUCUUAAUCUCAUUGUUUCCAGUGACCUCCCUUACUGGAUUUGGCUCCCCUUCCUCUCCUCCUAUCUCUGUUUACACGGUCCAGGUAAAGGGCUUUGAGAAGGCAUUUCAAUAAUUUCCCUCCUCUUGACAUGCUUCAUGCUAAGUCACCUUCUGUUCUGCUGCACCAGUGUUACUCCAGCAAUGUUUUGCAGUAGUGGCUGUUCAAGUGUUAUUUCGGGUUUUGCUUACACUUCAGUCCUGUUAUCUUUUGUGGUUUUACUUUAGUCCGCUUGUAACAUCAUCAUUGUCUUUACAUUUUGUAAAGACAAAAAAUAACGAACUUAAACUUUGACAUGUAACCCCUUUAACUCUGGGGCAAACUGAAUUAUUGUUAUUAAAUUGUCAAUUCUUUUUAUUAGCUUUUUAUUUCUGUUUCUAUUAUUUCUGUCAUUGCCCAUCACUGUUGAAUUGUAGAUAUUGAACUGUAAAUAAUUUUUAAAUGUACAAAUGUUUUGUUUUCAUGUUAAUGUUUACACCAUGAUUGCUUGUGUAAUUUAUCCAGCUGAUUAUUUUCUAAUGGAGUAGAUCUGUUUUAUAUUGUGUUUCCAUUGUAUAUCCAGUUGGUUUGCUUUGGCCAGGUGGUGGAUGUUUCAUUCUGAUCCUGGUGUUUUCAACAAGUGAUGUUGAAAAUCAGCAAACAAGCUCAGCCUUGACAUCAGUAAUUCAAUAAUUUCUCGUCGAGAGACAGCAGUUCAUUUGCCACCCUGUUUAAAUUUGUGCAAAUGGCCUGGUCAUUAUUAUUAUUAUUAUUAUUAUUAUUAUUAUUAUUAUUAUUAUUAUUAUUAUUGAGCAUGAAUUUAUAUGGACCUAAAUAUGAUAAACAUUGUGAGUCUACAAUC